CUGAGGCGCUCAUAUGUAAGUUUUAAGAAUGGUGAACAACUAAAAUAAUUAAUAGAUAAUUUCUAAGUGGUAAAUUCACUUAUUUUUGUCAUUUAUAACAAGCAGAGAAGUUCUGGCAAGCCCCAAACCUUGGAAAAACUGCAGAACAAGACUGAGGUAGAUGUUGAGGAGGAGAAACAGAAGCAUAAAGACCAGAAUGUGAUAGUUCAGAGACAGCUUCUUUCCCCGGGCCAUCAGGCUGCUGAACAGCCAGUAGCAAGUUCUAGUUAAGUGUGCGGUGGUACAGUCCAACCAGAGUGGAGUGGUAUAGCCCUACCUGAAGCUGAGUGAGAUGCUCUCAUGCUACCUGAGGCUGUGCAGAGUUACUAGUCCUGUAGUGUAUACAGUAAUGGAUACAGUUGGAGCUAUCAUGUCAAACCUGCUGACCCUACAGAUAAACACAUCUUUGUUAUGGGUUAUAUCACUGAAUGGAGACUUUAUUGUGAGCUUUUGAAGCAUAAAGAGCAGAGGGGCCGGAGCGGGGAAGUGGGCGAGGACGUCAUGUCAGAGUUCUGGCUGAUCUCAGUUCCUCUGGACAUAGCCAGUUCCCAGUCUUUGGAAAAGUUCAAACGGGCUGCAGCCAAAGCCGGCCUCGGGAGCAGCUUCAGAUUCCACAUGCCUGAACUGAAGGUGGGCACUCUGGAUGUGUUGCUGGGUGUGGCUGAUGAUCUCUCCAGGCUGGACACACAUGCAGAAGGUGUGAUGCAGAAGACCUCCCAAUGUAUGGCUGAAGUCAUGGAGCACUUCAACGACAAACUCCUGGAGAACGCUCUGGCAAAUGGAGUGGAACUGGCUACAUAUUUAACAAAGUUCCAGUGGGACAGAGCCAAGUACCCCACUGCCCUGUCCGUAAAAUCACUGACCGAGAUUAUCUCCAAGCAAGUGUCUCAGGUGGAGAUGGAGCUGAAGUCCCGCAGUGCUGCGUACAGUAGCGUGAAAGCCAGCCUGCAAGGCUUUGAGCAGAGAACUGAGGGAAGCCUGCAGACCCGCACUUUAGCUGGCAUCGUGAAAAAAGAGGAUUUGGUCCUCAACUCGGAGUACCUCACCACCUUACUGGUAGUGGUGCCCAGGUCAGGUGAUAAGCUUUGGGAGAACACCUAUGAAUCCAUGUCCCAGUUUGUAGUUCCUCGUUCCAGCAGGAAGUUGCUGGAAGAAGAGGAUGCUGGGAUUUUCACAGUGACGCUGUUUAAAAAGGCCGUCCGUGAAUUCAAAGCUAAAGCCAGUGUUCACAAAUUCACAGUUCGAGAGUUUAACUUGGAGGAAACAGAGAAGCAGAGACAGGAAAUGAGCCGGCUUAGUGUGGAAAAGAAAGAGCAGUAUGGAACGUUUGUGCGCUGGCUGAAGGUGAAUUUCAGAGAGGUGUUUGUGGCCUGGAUCCACAUCAAGGCUCUCCGAGUGUAUGCGGAGUCAGUUCUCAGGUAUGGCUUGCCGGUCAGUUUCCAGACUCUUCUUCUGCAGCCAGAGAAGAAGCAUGUGAAGCGACUGAGAGAGGAGCUCCAAUUCUCAUUCACACACCUGGACCCUACAGCAGCAGCCAGCAAAUCAGAUAUGUCUCUUGACAUCCCAGGAGUUAACAGCGGACAGCAGGAGUACUACUCAUACAUCUGCUACUCCAUCAACAUUAACCUGCAGGGCUGCAGCUAGCAGUCAGAUGUAUAUAAACCACAAGAGACUUGACCUCAUAUUCAUGUAACUCAAAAAUGAGUAACAGCUAUGUCCUGAGUACUAUAGAGUUUUUCUCAAAGCAGAUCAACAGAGGCUGUAAAAGGUUCAUGGUACGGUCACCAUUAUUCAGACACCAAGAUGUUGGCAGGGGAAUACUUUUGGUGAGUAUCCAAUAUCUGAGUUGUAUGUCUGUUGAGGUCACUUUGUUGUUCAGUGUAAAAUAUAAUUUAAAAAUAUAGAUCUUUAUAUGAACUUGUCUAAACAAAGCGUAAAAUAUCUUAAAGCUUACAGAUGUUCUAAUUUUACUGUUCAUAUGCAAUGUAUGAAGCAUUUUUAGUCAUUUGUGGAGCAGGAAUGGUAAGGAUGUUACAGAAGACCACAGGAACUAGUGUAAAUGAUAUUUUUAAUGUGUAAAAUAACUGCUGUGUCAUUUUGAUGUCUCAAAUAAAUACUAGUUCAACUCUAGGUAAAGCCUGUGGUCUGUAAGCUUAAACAUUAAACAGAGUUCUAGCACGCUCUAGUGGUUCAAGGGUAAAUCUGCAGCAGGACAGACUCCUGAUAAUCCAAAACAAUGAUGACAGAACAGAUUAGUUUUACCCCAAAACACUUUUAUUUAUUUUUUUAUCUUAAAGCUAACAGAUACCAUGUACAAAACAAAGAAGACAGUAUUACAUUCUUCCCUUGUCCCAGAUCACUUCUGACAGAGCGCUCAUCGUCUUUAUAUAGGUUUACGUUUGUGAUUUCAAA